AUGGCGCCCAAAAAAGCCGCCGCCCCUAACAACAACGAAAACGUCACAAGCUCCGUCGUCGGCAACACUUCAAAGGAGUCGGCUGCUCUCCACAACUCGAGCUCAAAGCGUGCUAUUGAGGCUCGCAUUGCUGAUUCAAGCGUCGAGUCUGCUAAGAACGAUGACCACGACUAUCUAGGACCCCACCACCUAGGACCUCACGGUGUACAAAAACCUUCGGGGACUUGUCUCGAGGAGGGCGCGCACGUUAUUGCUCAAGAGAUGGGCGGCACUUCUCUGGUUCCAGGUCCGGCAUCAAUUGGACACAAACUAGAGAUUCUCGUGAACAAAGUUGCGCCUGGUUCGCCAGUCGAGAGAUUCAUCGUCAAUUUGCCAAGCGACUCGAGCGCGCAAGAGUACACUAUCGACUCACCGGGCUUCCUGAAAACGAAAGGAGAAGUCGCAUCGGGUUAUCAGCUCAUGCUCAAAGCCCUUUACAAUACUACCGCCGAGAAGAUUCCCGCUCAUUACCUCCAAGAUCCAUCUCCCAACCCUGGAGGGGAGCUCGAAAAUCUGACUCGAGACGAUCAAGACUAUAUCUGGGGAGUUACUGGAGCAUUGAAGCAGAUGACCGUUGAGCACUUGACGCCAGACCAGCAGAACGAGUUGAGGCGAUAUUUGAGACAUCAGCAUGCCGUCCUAGAGACCAUUUUCAGCCGCCUCUGGGCCAGCUUGUGGAGAGAUCCAGAGCAGAACCAGAAAACUGUCAAGCAGAAUGGCGGCUAUAUGUGGUUGCGAGUCUGUUUGGAUGAUGGCGAACUGGACUACAAGUCCAAUCUUGCCAUCCCCUGCCCGGCUCCAGCCAGACACCUCAGCGGACGCCCUGGCUACUCGAUUGAGAAGCUCAGACCGAUUUGGGUCUCCAAGCUCGAUCACGGCCUUGGGCCUGGCCCUGCCGCUCACUUCAUCUUCAACUUCACGAGCACUGAGCUGGAGAAUAUGCACCCUGAUGAGCGUAUGCUGUAUAUCGAAGUCGUCCAUGCCAGCGACGCUCGAGCCAAAGACCUGGAGCGCGUGGUGAUUGUGGAGGGACCAAACGUUCUGAGGCCUGACCUGAGAUACUUCAUGCAGAUUGAGCCGGUUCCCUUCAAGUGGUCCGACGCCAUGGUUGAGCUCACACCCGGCAAGUUUGAAGAAGUGCGCGAGGAGAGUGUGCAAGAAGAGGCAGUCAUUCCACGAUCCAGAGCUGAGCGCCGUAGACAGCAGAGGGAAGCCGACGCGAAGUCCAAGCGAGAUGGCCAGAGUGGCGGUGGUGGCCAGAAGAAGUCAGGCAAGAACUAG